GCCGGCUCCGCUCAAUAAUUCACUCGUCCUUUCACUCUUAUCACAACGUCGGCGGUGAGCUGGUAAUCAAGACAAAUGCGUGCGGAAUCGCACGCUACAAUUACGCUGUUACUACACCAACGCGAACUUCGCUCGCUACGCUAACCUUCGCUCGCCUUGCUCGGCGUCUUGUGGUCUCAGCUUACUCCGCUAUUAGCGUCGCUUCGCUCGUGCGAUAAGAGGGUACACAGUGCGAACUUCGCUCGUUUCGCUCGUCGCGAAACAUACGCAUUAAUCUUCGAUCCGGUGACGUUUAUCUGCGAAUUGUGCCGCUUUACUGUUUACUCGUAUGAGAGAUUGAUUUCGUUUGCUCGCUUCGCUCGUCGCGUGAUUACACCGUAAUUACUCCAAAUCUCCGGUGGGAUUAAUUGUGGAAUGAGUAAGCUGGAUGUGUACGAGUAUAACGGGCGGAACAGUGGGAUGGAGCCGGAAGUGGGGGAAGCGGAGCGCAAGAGCAAUGUGGACGUGUUCAUGGAUGUGCUGGGCAAUCCGGGCCGCUUCCAGAUGCUGCAGUUUGUCCUGCUGAGUAUGCUGUUCAUCGCUUGCGCCAUGAACGAUCUGGCGCCCAUCUUCUACGAUCUGGACCCGCACAAGGUGGACUGCUCGGCGUCCAACGGGGGCACGGUGCAGCCGGAUCUGCUGUGGGCCAACGCCAGCGAGACCAAGUGGUGGCACCAUCCGGAAGUGUGCAAACAGUACUGCCCCAACAGUCAGGUGUUCUGGUAUUAUUACCGGGAUAAUGUCACCAGAUCUGUCGUUGCCGAUUUGAAUCUCAUCUGUGAUAAUCGCGCAUUUAUUUCCCUUGCUUCGACCAUAUAUUUCGUCGGAUGUGCAGUUGGUGGACCAACGUUCGGCUUCCUGGCUGAUAAAUUCGGACGCCGGCGGGCAUUGUUCUUGGCCAACAUACUCUACACGACAUUCUCUGUUGGAUUGAUCUUCAUCCAGGAUAUCGUGGCUUUUAUAAUUCUGCGCUUUGCUAUCGGCUUCGCUAGACAGGGUCUACAAGCGACAUUUCUCGUGCUGAUGCUAGAAUGGACCCAUCCCGAGCAGCGCAGCCGCAUCGGGGCGGCCACCCAGUUUUUCUACGUAGCCGGUGUGCUGCUGCUGGCCUUCUUCGCCUUCCUCUUCCCGUGGUGGCGCCAUCUGCAAAUUGUGCUUGCCUGCGCCAAUUUUGUCUUCCUCACCUAUUACUGGAUGGCGCCGGAAUCCCUGCAGUGGCUCCUUAUGAACGGUCGGUACACGCAGGCCGAGAAAAACUCACAGUUCGUCGCUAAAUUCAACGGGAUUAAUCUGCAUACCGAUGAUCUUUCGCUGUUGCAACGGUUGGCGGAUGAGGAAGAGCAGUUGCGAGCGUCGAGCACCAGUAGGAAAACUCACAGUGUGCUGGAUUGUUUCCGCUCCAAGAAACUGGCCAUUUUGACCUUACUUUCGUGUUAUAUUUGGUUUGUGGCCAAUUUCGGAUACAUUGGAAUAUCUUUCAUGAUUGGAGAUAUUUCGGAAACCAUGAGCGCAUACGCUAAUUUAGCAUUAGCCGGAUCAUUGGAAGCCAUUCCAACCGCGCUGACCAUACCGCUGGUUUCCAAAUUUGGAAGGCGCUUCCCGAUGGCCGGCUACUUCACCGUGGCUACCAUCUUCCUGUGUGUUGCCGGCAGUUUAACGGGGAAUCCCGCUCAACUGCCGUUAGCUUUAGUUGGUCGAAUGUCCAUAGUCGGGUCGUUUUCAAUUAUUUACGUCUGGGCAACGGAACUCUUCCCCACCGUUAUCCGCAAUCAGGGUUUCGGACUACUAUCCCUGGCUUUCAUGACCGGUGGAAUGGUGGCACCGGAAGUCCUGCUCCUGGGCGAACGACUUGGCUAUGCCGCCGGUGAUCUGGCCAUUCCCAUUACCGUGAUUGGCUGCUGCACAUUUCUAGCCGUGAUAGCCGCAUUGAUUCUUCCGGAGACCAAGUAUCGUAAAAAUUAUCCCGAAACCUUCGAAGAUGUUCAAGCGUUGCCAUACGGUUUCAGCAAUAAGUGCACUGGUCGAUGACCGUUGUUGUCCAGUUACUGUUGCAGUGCAUGGAAAAUGUUACUGGCGCUCUGAUUGUUGUUGGCAUUUGCUGCAAAUGCCCUUUAUUUCAAACCUAGCUAACAACGAACGGUUUCUGAAUGUUAAUGAACAGUUAAUUCGCUGCAUGCGACUAAAUUAGCGGAGACCCAUUCGGGCGAGUGGAAUUAAAUGCUGAGAAUACGUUCGA